CCCGAACUGCCUGGACACAGCGCUGCUCCCUGUGCUCUGGGACCACCCUGCCUGAGCAGGGAUGUGGGACCAGGUGCCCCCCUGUGCUCCCGUCCAGCCUGACCCCUUCUGUUAUACCCGCUGGGGCUGGGAAGGUGACAGCCAGCAAGUGCAGAAAAUGUGGGGAAAGGGUGUGAAAAACAGCCCCAGUGCUCUCAACACCCCAGAACAGCAACAUUAGUAAGGAACUCAACACUUACAAUCUGAGAAAUUGUCAGAGACUAUGCCAUAUUUUCUUUAAAUUUCACAAGAACAAGCACUGAAUGACAGUACUCAGGUUGUCUUCUUAAAAAUCUGAAUUUGUUAUAUUUGGAGGAAAAGUUCCUUGCUGUUCUGCAACAAUUAAUUCCAGAAAAGUAACCUAAUGGAACCACAGAUAUCUGAAGAUGAAACCAUGAAGAGCAAGCAGAGUGAAUAAUAAUGCUUUUCCGAAACCGUUUUCUGUUCCUGCUGGCCUUGGCAGCCUUGUUAGCCUUUUUGAGCCUCAGUCUACAAUUCUUGCAUUUAAUCCCAGUGAACCCUGUCAGGGAGGAUGGGUUGAAUCCUAAGAGCAGGAAGAGAAUAAUGCCUGAUUUGCUGACGGAGCCUCCUGCCAUAGACCCGGUGUACGAGGCUCAGGUGUACUGCAAUAUUCCCAGCAUCGCUGAGCGCAGCAUGGAAGGUCAUGCCCCUCAUUAUUUUAAGCUGGUGUCAGUUCAAGUGCUGAUUCGACACGGCGAUAGGUACCCUCUGUAUGCCAUUCCCAAGACAAAGAGACCUGACAUCGACUGCAUGUUGGUGCCCAGCAGGAAACCUUCUCAUCCUCAGCUUGAAGCCUUCAUUAAGCAUAUGUCCAAAGGGUCUGCAGCCCAAAUGGAUGGUUCUCUGAGCAGCCUGCCUCACUUCCCCAGUCAUUCCCUGUGUGAAAUGGGAGAGCUUACACAGACAGGGGUUGUACAACACUUGCGAAAUGGACAACUGCUGAGAGAAAUUUACAUCAACAAACACAAACUGCUCCCUAGUGACUGGACAGCCAAGCAGCUCUACCUGGAGACCACGGGGAAGAGCCGAACCCUGCAGAGCGCACUGGCCCUGCUCUACACCUUUCUGCCAGAUUUUGACUGGAAGAAAAUUAACAUGAGGCACCAGUGGAGCACCAUUUUCUGCUCAGGAAGCUGUGACUGUCCCAUGAGAAACCACUACCUAGAGGAGGAGCAGCGCAGGCAGUACAGCUUACGGGUGAAAAACAACAAUUUGGAGAAAAUAUACGUGGAUAUGGCAAAGAUUGUGGGCAUUCCCACCAGGCAGCUGAGAGCUUCUAACCCAAUAGAUUCUCUCUUGUGCUAUUUCUGUCAUAAUGUCUCAUUUCCAUGUACCAAAGCUGGCUGCAUUGGUAUGGAACACUUCAAAGUAAUCAAGAGACACCAGUUGGAGGAUGAGAGAGAAAGACAGGAAAAGAAACUUUACUUCUUGUACGCGCUGUUGGCUACUCAUCCUCUCCUCAACCAGACUGUCAAUAGGCUGCAGCGUAUUGCAGAAGGCAAGAAGGAGGAAGUGUUUGUCCUCUACUCUGCACAUGAUGUCACCUUGUCACCUGUUCUUAGUGCCUUGGGCAUUACAGAGGCCAGAUUUCCCAGGUUUGCUGCCAGAUUAGUUUUUGAGCUGUGGCAGGAUGGGAAGAGGCCCAAAGAACACUUUAUCCGCAUCCUGUACAACGGUGCUGAUGUCACAUUCCAGACCUCCUUUUGCAAGGAUCAUUAUAAACGUUCCAGCAAGCCAAUGUGCCCACUAGAAAAACUCGUCAACUUUGUCAAGAGGGAUAUGUUUUUAAUUUUUAACAGUACAAGCUACUAUGAUGCAUGUCACAGGAGAGCACUGUAGAGAAGGGAGGAGGAAAGGAGGCAGUGUUAACUUAUGUCAGUGAUCUGUUUUCUGGCAGAGGCACAGUUCAGUUUUCUUACUCCUUGUAUUUUCAUGUGUAACUACAGAAGGGUAAUGCUUGAAACAUUCUUCAGAUAGUUUUAUUUUCAUUCAGGCUGCAGAUGGCCUUCAGUAGAACAAAUGCCAAGGGUUAUGUGUGUGUGUACGCUCACAAAUGCUGUUAAAUGUUGUGAUAAACCAUGUGGUGAAUGUAACCUGUCCCUUGCUUGAUAGAGUGAGAGAGCAUAGACUUUGUGUUUCUCUGUUCCAGAGCAAUACUUGGGUAGCCUGAGUUUAAAGCCAAAACUCCUUUUUUUUCUAACACCAUCUCACAGUCAUUUUAAGCAGUUCAUGUCAGGGUCAUUAUGAAUUCCAGGUGUCUGCAUUAAGGCAUUUUAAAGGAAUUUUUGAAUUUCUUUACUCAGAGGAAGCCUCCUAAUAUUAUGGGGCAGGUCCAUAAAGCAAAGUGCAUGUGUGUGUGUGUGAAUACUUCCCUGAGCAUGUACAAAUGAGUGUGUGCCUUCUGCACCUCACAGACCUAGGAACCCUUGGCUGUUGUUGCCAGUGCCAGAGAAGGGGGUACUGGAAAAGGGAUACAAAACUCUACUCUCCGAUCGCACUUUCAGCACUUUGAAUAGUUCAAACACAGUCUAGAAACAUGUGAAGGCCUUGUGAUGUUAAAAUAGCAAACACUAACAGUACCACUAAACCCGAGUGGGAAAUUAGGCUUAGAAAUCAGUUUUAUGGUGAAGUGUUGGGCUCUUUCCCAUUGUGAACACGUACAAGCUGUUGUGCUAUGGUACAAUUCAGUAUUUUAGGAAUUUGUGAUGGUGACUGCUUGAGACAAAUGGACUAAAUACUGAGAAAACUUUGUAGUCCAGUUAGUAUUUUUAUGGACUAGGAAGCUCUUAUUUUGUAAGACCAGACUUGUGUAUAUUGUACUAUGUAUAUUUAUAACACAGUAGAUCUUUCUUACUUGUUUAGUUUGUAAAGACUUGUGGAGGUCACUUUUUAGACAUUUUUUUCCCUUGAUCAGGAUGUUUAAGCUUAAGAAUAAACUGUCUGUUGUGGGUAAUUUGAACAAUGAGUAGAUAUGAAAACUUCAGACUGCUUUCAUCUCUGUAGGAGUAGUAAAUUGAACCAAUUUUUAAUAGAAUUCCUAGAAAUUUUAUAAUGAUGGAGGUUUUGUAACCUCUAGAAAUAAAUUAGUCUGUGAGUUGUGAUUCAAUGGUGCUAGUUUGUCAAAGAAAACAUAACUCAGCAUAAGUUCUCUGACUCUUGGCAUUCUACUCUCUCAGUUUUCAAUGCUGCAUUUGAACAUGUUUCUUUAAAUAAAAUUCUGGGGUCUCUUUGUGUU